UCCAAACUCCCAUGUGAGCGGAUGUCGUGCACUUCCGGUUGUCACCGCUAGCUGUUAGCCGUCCGCACUGACCGAAUGAAUUGUGACAAUGACGGCACUAGAAUAGGAGACUGAAAAUGAGGGUUGUGCUGAUAGUCGCCUUUCUGGCUCCUUGUUGGGUCAAUUGUGCUAUUAAAUCGAGAGUUGUUGCGGAAGAGAAGCACGAAGAAAACCCGGAAUCCGAUGCUCUGAGCUCCAUCCUGUCAGAUUUCGAGGUGCUGCCCUGGUCCGGCCUCCAGCUGCACUCGGUGCGCAAGAGGGACGUGCAGGCGCGGUCCCACCUGGAGCGCCUCGUGAGCUUCAGAGCCCUGCACAGACAGUUCAAGCUUUACUUGACCACCAACACAGACCUUUUCACUGACAACUUCAAAGCUGUGUUUGUUGAUCAACACGGGAAGGAGGAUAACUACAAUGUUAAUCUUCAGAACUACUUCACUGGACAUGUUGUUGGAGAGCAGAAUUCCCGUGUGCAGGCACAUAUAGAAGGGGAUGAGUUUUCUGCUCACAUCCUAACUGAUCAAGCUGAGUACAACGUAGAGCCCCUGUGGAGGUUUACAGAUUCCCCAGCUGAUGGCAGACUGCUGGUUUACCGCUCCGACGACAUCAAGAACCUGAGCCGCAUCCUCUCCCCGAAAGUGUGCGGUUACCUUCACGCGGAGGCUUCAGACUUGCUGCCCCGGAACGGGCACGAGGAAGAGGAGGAGGUCCAGGAAGGGGGGCACCACCGCAGAGAGAAGAGACAGACUCAUGAUCAUAAGAAGAAUACCUGCCCCCUCUUGCUGGUGGCAGAUUACCGUUUCUUCAAACACAUGGGCCGCGGACAAGAGAGCGUCACUCUCAACUACCUGAUCGAGCUGAUCGAUCGAGUAGAUGAUAUUUAUAGGAACACGACCUGGGACGAUGAAUUCAAAGGCUACGGGGUCCAGAUCCAUCAGAUCAUCAUCAACAAAGAGCCUACAAAGCCCCCCGUUGGCAUUGGAGGGUGGGUCCACUACAACAUGGAGAACAGCCCCGUGAAAGGAAGAGAGGUCUGGGACGUGAAGAGGCUUCUGGAGCAAUUUAGCUCAGACUUGGCUGACAACGCGUCCACCGUGUGUCUGGCACACCUGUUCACCUACCAGGAUUUCGAUGAGGGCACACUGGGGCUCGCCUACGUGGCCCCUUCCAAACCUCAAGCCCUGGGCGGCCUCUGCCCAAAACCGUACUUCCCAUCUCACUCUGUGAAGAAGGCCAGUUACCUGAACACAGGUCUGACCAGCACCAAGAACUACGGCAAAACCAUCCUAACAAAGGAGGCAGACUUGGUGACCACUCACGAGCUCGGCCACAACUUUGGAGCGGAGCACGAUCCCGACAACGUCCCUUACUGCGCUCCCAGUGACGACCACGGGGGGAAGUUCGUCAUGUACCCCAUCGCUGUGAGCGGAGACCAUGUCAACAACAAGCGCUUCUCCAACUGCAGCAAGAUCUCCGUAGGGAAGACGUUGCGUUCCAAGGCUCCGAUGUGCUUCAAGGAGAGGAACAGUAGGGUAUGUGGGAACUCCCGAGUUGAGACUGACGAGGACUGCGACCCGGGCCUCCUCCACCUGAACGACGACCCCUGCUGCUCAGCCGACUGCAAAUUCAAAAGUGGCGCACAGUGCAGUGACAGAAACAGCCCUUGUUGUAAGAAGUGCAUGUUUGAGCAGGCAGGAAUAAGGUGCCAGGAACCCAUCAGCGCCACCUGUAAAGGCAUAUCUUCUUGCACAGGCAACAGCAGUCACUGUCCGCCUCCCGAAAACGCCAACGACAACACUGUGUGCGUUGACAACGGCCGGUGUCUCAAUGGGGACUGCAACCCUUUCUGUGAGGCCAUGCAGAACCUGCAGUCCUGUGCCUGCAAUGAGACGGAGGACUCCUGUAAAGUAUGCUGCAGGGGAAAAGGCGGCGCCUGCUCUCCAUUCGGCCAGCUCAACGGCAGCUUUAUUUUUCUGCGCAAAGGGAAACCCUGCACUGUGGGUUUCUGUGACGGAAGCGGAAAGUGCAUGAAGCAGGUGCAGGACGUGAUCGAGAGGCUGUGGGAUUUUAUCGACAAGCUGGACAUUAACACAUUUGGGAAGUUCCUGGCCGAUAACAUCGUGGGCUCCGUUGUGGUGUUUUCACUCAUCUUCUGGAUUCCUCUCAGCAUCUUAGUUCACUGUGUGGAUAAGCGACUCGACGAGCAGUAUGAAGAUAACACCAAAAUCUUCUACCGCCCUCCAAGCCAGAUGGUGGAAGUUUGUAGUAGAGCUCCGGCCAUAGAGUCAAGAAAUGCUGAACAACCUCGAGUCGGCGUCCGUGCGCAUCGUCAAACCUCCUCCGCCUCCCUCCUCCUGCGCCGGCCGGAUCGCGCCCUCCUCCCCGCCCCUGCAGCAGAGCCAGGCAGGGGCCUCCCCCGCGGCCAGCACCAGUACCCAGGCCCCCGGGCCGAGCUGCGGCCUCACCCCGGACAGCGCGGGGGGGCCGCGGAUGGCCACCAUCCAGGAGGACAGCAGCAACGACUCUCACCUGGGAGAGGAAGGCCCGCCGGACGAUUUCACAACCGCAGGAGCCUCCUCGUCGGCUACGAAAUCCUCCUACGAGGAUCUGACCGAGCUGAACCCGUCGGCCAAGGAGCGGCGCCGCCUCAAGAGGCAAGAAUGCAUUGACGCCAAAGAGACCGAGUGCUGAGAGGAGAUCACCAGCACCUUCUUAGGUUUUUUUUUUUUUUACCACAUACCAACGUGUACAGGCAGCCUCACACGGGCGCUUUAGGGAACAUGCAAAUACAUGAAGCAUCAAAUGCAUUUCUCUUAUCAAAAUCAGACUGCUGAAUAAUGGUAACCCUGUGCAAUGGUGUCUUAUUCACUCACAGUUUAUUAUUGUUUUCAUCGCUCCGCUAACAGGUAAACAUGUGAAUGACUUUACAUAUUGAGAAUUGUUGUUCUUAUUUUCCAGUCCAACGCAAAUUGCCAGUGUGAGAUAAUUUCGUCCUGAAUUUGUGUAAACUGCACUUUUAAGUAUUUUUCCACAUCUCUGGAGAAUUGAAUUAAGUUGUAUACAUCUUCCUCCUGUGCUGUUAAUGGUUUAUUUUUGUACAGGCCUGUGAAACAUUUUGCCCUGUUGCACUUAAAAGGCCUUAUUCAAUAAUACACUGGGCAGAGUGGUAGUCUUCAGUAAUACACUUGUUUGUCCAGCUGUGGAAAGCUUAAGAGGUUAUAUUGUCUUUAAAACAUGGUGCCUUUUCUGAUUUUUGGCCUGACUGUCCUACUUCCACUAGAUGAACGUGGCGCUGAACAAUCCUGAAUUUAGUUUUAAGAAACUUCCCGUGGUGCUCAAGUGUUAUUUUUCCGUUUGAUAUUCUGUCUUUGUGCCAAUAUGAGUUAUGCAUCUCUUUGUUGUCUCAUACCAUACCGCCACUGUUGCCUGCGGUAUCACGUGUUAAAAUAAGAAAUGUACUUCCAGUAGGUCAAGAAGAAAAAUACUGUCGAGCUAACAUUGACCACUGUUAACAAGCUGAUGUCCUGAUGUGGUUUUAUUUUUUUUAAAGGUUUCUUGCUUUCUUUAAACAAAUAUCAAUAAAAAAAUCUUUAUUGUGCAUUUUAAA